GAAUCCAUACACCAAUAUGUGCUGUUUCUGGUGCGAAAUAUAUGACUGAAGAUGGAUGGGUCGAUCUACGAAAUGCAGCUGAUUCUGACGUGCCUUUCCGGCUCGUUAGAGAUCAAGGAAGGGCCUUCUUACAGUGGUCUGGCGACGCAGAGCUGAGGAGCAGAAUGUCAGGACGUCUCAUUAUGGUCAACAUGAUGUGCAGGGAAAUGUCAACCACCGAGUCUAUGGAAAUUCCUCGAGUUCAGAUUAUCUUCUCGCCUUGUGUGGCUUUUAGAGUAGUUGGAUCGCCGAUGAAGCAUCUCACGAACGUGAGCGAAGUGGCUUUCGCCCAAGACAGCCAAACGGAGUCGAGCAGCAUCACCAGCGAGUCUAUGAGCGUCUCGGAAUACGUCGCCAUCGGCAUCUGCUCGGUGCUUCUGGGCCUCAUCUACGUCGCCUCGGUCUUCCUCUACCUGCACCUGCGGAGACGGAACAGAUCCGACUCGUCGGAGAAGUCUGACGAAGACAAGAGCAUUCGCGGCAUCGAGGAAGGGGUGGUCAAGAGCAACCCUCUGCUCUCGAUGCCGACGCACUUCAUACAGGGCGAGACGGCGUACAGCGACACCAACAGUUCGGAUAACGACGCCGCGCCGGAUAUAAUCAAGCAUUACGAGGACAGGAAGAAACAGAUAACGUCUGCCUUGGUGCACCCCCAAAACCAGAAGUUCGGCUUCAACUCGCAUCGUUCAACCUUCUCAACUUUCGAAUAUUCGCAUCAGGACUCCGCAACAAAUGAAAGAUUGCCGGAAGAAAACGUUUCCAUAGUGGAAACCCUCGAAGGACGAGAAGAUAGACCGGACAACAUAAAAGCCCUNGUUGCUGGCCAAACAGAUAGAGACCAAUCUCCCAUCACAUCACGAGCAUUUUUAAAUGCACUGUACCGCUCAUACACGCCUAUGCAACAUUUUCAGCGCUCCGCUCAUUUGAGGUUGAUCAAAAACUUGAGAGGCUAUUCCACGCCCUCAGACUACGCAGACGUCUCUUCUUCCCAGCCCAGCCCGAGCCUGAGCACCGUCCUCCCGGACCAAGAAGAGAUGACGAUGCGCAACGCGAUUUUCAACAAACGUACCGGCAACCUGACCAUGUCGAAAAUCAACAUGGACGUGCUGCAGGAGGACGACCACGACUACGAGCUGAUAGUCAUGAAGAAGGGCUCCAUCGUCGAGAACGGCUGCUACAAGCUGCCCGAACUCCUGCAGGGCAACAACAGCUACAGUUUGGUCAGCGAGGUGUAUGUGAAUAGUGGGUACAACUACGGAAGUGCUCCUUCUACCCCGGGAGGGUCCAGGUACUCUACACUGGACAAGAACGCGUUGAAGGUCCGAUACGAGAAUGGAGUAGAAAAACCGGGCAAGUUGCUCAUAGAAGUAGAGGACUGUUUGGACCACUAUAUCCCUGUGCACGAUUCCGACGAGUUCGAAGCCGACACUCUGGACAGGAAGCCCAGCAAGAACAAGAUCCCGGACUGCUCCCUCAAAAGCCAGGACACGAGCCUGGAACAUCCCACUCGGAUCCUCCUCAAAACCACCGGAAGCUUCAGAAGCGACUCCACCGCUGUACCGCCCCCCAAGACUGAUCCUCCUCGCAACGAUCCACCAGAAGAGAGUAACUUCAACAGAGCUUUCGGAAGCUUGAGGGAAAUUUACGAGGCCAAGACCAAAAGAGGGCUCGUCAAAGAGGUGGACAGGAUGGAUUGCUGUACGGUUCUCGGGGAGGAGGAAAAGGGGAGAACUUUGACGUUGGAGGACCGACAUUCGAGGAGGCAGCGUGCUAAAGGGGCUAUCGUUCAGCCUGACGUUAUUCCUCCGCCUCCGCAUGGGGGUUCGCCUGUCUAUGAACGGACGAGAGCUUCGAGAGAUAUUCUUGAUACAGACGACAACCUUAUCAAACCCAGUCACUAUCCAAAAAACUCGAAUGGCAGGAGUGUCGGCAACACAUCAACGAGAUCAAGUGCUCCCACUUGCGGCCGCACGUCAGUCCCUUCCGGCACUCCUGACCACUCCUACGAACUCUUCCUGCUGCAGAAAUCCAAGAAGAACGGCACCAUCAUCCAUGCUGAAGACGUCGUCCUGAAAAAGAAAAGGAACCCCCGAGCGUGGAACGCCACGAUGAAACCCGAAGACUCCGGUUAUCUCAGCUCGGAAUCAAACGAGUCGCGUUCGAUAAAAACGAAGGCCACCGAGGCCGUCGACAACGGCAGCGAGACGGACGAGAGCCUGGGGGACGGUCACAGUGAGUCGGGUGCGGAGAGCGUGGAGACCAAUUCGGUGUUCUUCGGAAGGUUUCCCCGGAAUAUGGCCCUCUUCAGGGGUUACGGGUCCGCGGAUAGUGGGGUUAUGGGUGGCGGGGAUGAGGGACAAUCCAGUAGCGACUCGGAGAACAUCAGCUAUACCACCGUGAUUCCCGUGAAGAAGACUUGAUAUUGGUGGGGGUUUUUUGUCCGUGAGGUUGGAGAAGAGCUGGCUGAUUUCUCUCGGAGCAAAUGCCAUAACUAUACAAGAUCUUCAAAGUUGUGUUUGACAUUUUUGGAGAGAAUUUCGCCAGCUGGGGAAUAUUUUUAGCUGAAGGAUGAAGGGAAAGUUUGGGAAGGCAACUAUAGACUCAUGACCAAUGAACUUAUUAUCUGCAUAUCAUUCAAGGACCAAUUUAUACGUCCUGCUCUUUGUCUCAGUCUUUGUUUCAAUUGAAGAAUAUGUUGUCUUACAAAUUUUUACGACUGGGAUUGACUGUUUAUUCAUAUAAAUUGUUUCUAUUCGACUGCUAACAUCCGAUUCUUCCACUAUGUGAAAACACAGGUGAAAAAACAUAUUAAAACCAUUGUGGUAUCUUGCUGAAAUAAAUAAUAUGUAUAUACUGGAUAUAUCACAUUAUAAAUCAAAACUACUGACUAGUGACAUGUGACAUACAGUGUUACCAAUUAGAAAAUAAUUGUGCGAUUUGCGAACAAUGUCAGCAAAUAUGGCUAUUACAGAGUCUACUGUAUAAAAGCUGUUGUCAGAGUUUUUAUGCCUGACGUUUCAUCUACUACUGCUGCUAUUCGACUCUGGUUUUAUAUUAUUAUUGUUGGACGUGACGCGGUUUCUCUUCAUUGGAUUACCUGACCUUGUUUAUAUACAAUUUAGGACAGGGAGCCAGAUUUUAUAAAUGUACAUUACCUCUCCUUUCCUAUUGAAAUCGAUCCCUGUGUUUUGGAAUUUCUAUUGCCUCUCUAUAUACUCUUGGAUAGUGAUUUUGAGUUUUAUCGAGUAGAACUGUACCGACCCGCAGCUACGAGGAUUCUGGUAUGUUCCAGGAGUUGCUAAAGGUUCUUUGGGGUCCUUAGCUGACCUUAGACUUUCUCUGGUGGUUUUCCUUAACCUGAAUAUUGGUUUCACGUCGUGUUUCUUUAAGAUUCUCCCAACCCCGUCUGUAGCAGUUUUGACAUAGGCAAGGAAAGCUCUUCCUUUGACUAGCCCAGCUGACGUUACUUUGAUGUUCUCUCUCCUGGGUCGUAUGUCCUGCUCGAAUUCUACUUCGCUGUAUCCAUUACCUUUUUUAGGUUAUUUUAGUUCCUCAGGAAGACUCUCAAGGUCACAGAUUCGUCGUGCUCUCCCAACCAACGUUUUACUUACACCUCUGUUUUGUUGUAGCUGGUGGUUAGGGUUGUUGUUCAGGUACAUGUCUGUACGCGUUGGUUUCCUGUACACUCUGUGGACCAAUGUCCCAUAAACACCAUCAACCGUUAGCUGUCAAAAAUCAACUGAAUUCAAAUAAUCCAUCAAACGGAAAUUGGUUGAUUAUGGUAAGAUUAGUUGAAGAAUCAGUUGUUUGUGGACAUGCGCAUUAUUGACGUAAUCUUAUUGGUCUUAGUCUUAGUUCUUAAAGUUGAAUUUCGGGAACUUUCAAGGUCACAUUUCAAUGACAGUCUAAGACAACGAAAUAAUUAUAUGGAAACAUGCCUAAGGAACUUUUUUUCUUGAGACUAAAAUUAAGACUGUGACAAGGACUGAGAUGUAGGUGUUUUGUUCCGUUCGUUUUCUGUUUUACACAUUUCUUCUAUUUUUUUGGAAAAUUUUUCCAGAUUCGAAUCAUUUAUUAACUAAGAAUUCGAGUUUUGAUGAGCCUUAAGAUUUUCCAAAAAAAAAAUUGAUUUCAUUUUGGUAAAAUGCAUUCUAUUCAAGUCUCUAAUUCUGGUUUCGACACUAUCUUGAGGGAAUUUUGAUAUAAAUGAAUAGUUAUAAUGAAAAGAUCCGAAUUUAUGAAACUGUAAAAAGUAAAACUUUGUUUUUAUUUGAAGUUUCAAAUUGUGUUGAGACAGUUUCGUGGUACUGUUUUUCCAAACCUAUAAAUUAUUCCUCGCAUCAGUCCUGUAACAGAACCUUAAGGAACACCUAUUUUUUCAUAGAGUACGUUCCGUAUAGAACCAUAUUCAAACUCGACUUAGUUUUAAUGUAAAUAAAGUGGAAAAUAUUAGCAACGAUGAAUUUUGGAAUCAAUCGUUACAUAUAAACUUUCAAAAUAUGUCGUUUGCCAAAAUUCCUGGUAUUUUGCAAUAAUUAUUGUGAUAUAUUUUAAGUGGCCGGAAGUGCAAUAUUAGGUUAGAUAGGUCGUAAGAUGAAAAGCAACAAUAGUAAUCUUAGGAAUUAUAGAAAUGGUUUGACGAAAUUCACGUUUAUAUUGAGUUCGAUAUUUUUCAAGUUUGAACAAAAAAUGGAAAGUAAAAUUGUCUCAUUGAUAUUUAGUGACGUAAAUACAUAAAAACAGACAUAAAAAACCUUAUUUUUUAUAAAUGAAAGGUGAGAAAUCCAAAAGUUGUGGGAAAAUAGAAAUGAAAACUCUGACUACAGUGAAAUUCAAUUUUCAAUGUGAUUGUAGUUUUUUUAGAAUAACAUUUUCCCCAAAACCAUAAAUUGUUUGACAGAGUAAUAAGAAUCGUUUAUUUUUUUGUGAUUUAUUUCACCCUUGUAUAUUUUUUAGGUGUAACUGGAUGUAAUAAGAGUGUUUUUAUUAUUUUUAUUCAAUAAUAGACUGAGCCCGGGAAAACGGUUUUCAAAAAUGUCACCAGCUGAAUUUUUAAUCUAAUUUUUUGUCACGAUUUUGAAAAAGUUCUAUUUCAGCCGUCAGUUGACCAAAAGAAUAGUUUUGAAUAUACUAAAUCACGUUUCUAUCAGCUUCAAUGUUGAAUUCUAGGAGUAUUCAUGCCUGACUAAUUCUUCGAAAAGUUUUGCUUUUCCGUUGUAAAAGUAGGAAUUUUCUCUUCCAGGAGCUUCUGGAUUCGUACUUAAAAUCAGUUUAACGAUGAAUUUCUUGAAACCAUCAUGAAACCCAGUUAAGAUCAGCUAUUUUGCCAAAUACAUCAUAGAUAUUUUAAACUAGUUACAAGUGCAAUAUAUUUUCUCAUACUAUUUUUAACCUCGAUUAGAUUAAGCGUAUAUACAACGUGAUAUGAAGUGCAAUCUCGAUGUGCAAUAUUUUACACUCUUCUACACAUUUUUGUUUGGAUUAUAUAGUUUUAAACGAUUGCGGUAGUGAUUUGUUGUGUUGCUCAGUUUUAUUUCUUCCAGGUUUUUUUGCGAAGAACAGUUAUACUGUCAGUUCCCGACAUUUCAGUUCUCCCUGUAUAUAUUCCCAGAAUAAAAUUGUGCAAAACUUCGAGGUACCUGUCUGUACAGACUGUCUUGGAAUAAGGGAUACACAUAGGAAAGGUAAAGGUACGAUCUAGAUUUUUCAAUUGUACUGAAUCUCAGAUCCAGUUUAUCUUGUGAAAAACAGAUACGUGACAAAUUUCCCUAUUGGUCCCCCAUUGUCUUGAAUUACCCAAAAAUUUUAGUGAAAACAUAUUACUUUUGACUAUCGACGGCAGUGAGGAGUCUGUUGUCCGUUCAAAGCUUGUAAUGGAAUCAUUCUCAUGAGAAUUACUCCAUUGUAACAUUUGGGCCAAAAAGUUCAUGGGCUAACAUAGAAAAUUCAAUAAAAUUCGAUUGAGUUGUCCGAUUUAGUCGCCUUCUAGAGCGAUACAACGAUUAUAGCUGUCAUACAAUUUUUAUAGUAUGAUUUGUCUUUAGCCUCAAAAUAAGCCUUAGUUUCAACGACUACCUCAUCUUCAUCGGCGCCAAUUUUUUUCCAGCGAACAAUCUUUCGAAGUCUAAGAACAGAAUAAAACCUCUGGGGACCAUAUCUGGAGAAUACGAUGAAUGCAGAAACAAUUCGAAGCUCAUAACCUGCAUUUUUGCCAUCGUUUUUCUUGAUUUGUGGCAUGGUGCAUUGUCUUGGUGAAAUAGCACCCCCUUUUUCUUCAAAAGGGUCCGUUUUUCCGCGAUUUCGUUCUUCAAACGCUCCAGUAAAGCUAUGUGAUAGUUGUUGUUGAUGGUUUUUGCCUUUUCAAGAUAGUUGAUGAUAAUUAUACCAUGCGCAUCCUAAAAUACUGAUACCAUAACCUUGCUAGCCGACUGUUGCGUCUUUGCACGCUUUGGAAACGGUUCACCACGUACAGUUUCCUCGGAUGACGAUCAUUUUGAUUCUGGUGUGACAUGAUGGAGCCAUGUUUCAUCGAUUGUCACAUGUCGACGCAUAAAUUCGGGUUUUUCAUGGUGUAACAGCUCCAAACACUGCUCAGAAACAUCAAUUCUUUGUUGUUUUUGGGCGAUUGUGAGCUGGCGCAGCACCCACUUUAAACAUAGCUUUUGCAUACUCAAAUAUUCAUGCACGAUAUGUCCAACGUUUUCCUUUGACAUCUCUAGAGCUUCAGCUAUUUCAGCUUCGGUUAUUCAAAAUCAUUUUGUCGACUUUCUUUAUGUUUCCUUUGGUAACAGCUUCUUUGAGGCGACCACUAGGUUCGUCGUCCUCUGUGCUCAUUUCAAUUCGUUUAAACUCAGCAAACCACUUCUCAACGGUUGACUUUCCUGUUGCAGAGUCUGAAUGAUGUUUAUCAAGCCAAGCCUUGACUUCAACAGUUUUUUUUUCAAAAAGCAAUGCUUUAUUA